AUGGUAUCCUUCCUCAAGACUAGUGUAUUGGUCACUUUAUUAGCUGCUAUCACCAAUGGUUCCCCCGUUGUGAAAAGACACGACAAGUACAUUGUUCAUGAGCUUGAACGUGACGACAGUUCGCUCGACAAAAGAACCGAGACUGAGCUGCAAUGGUUUUCUGAUACCGGUGCCAGAUGGUUCACAAAGUUGAAGUUGGGAUCUGCAAAGGAUCCAGUUAGGGUUACAGUUGACACUGGCUCUUAUCGUUUAAACGUCCCUGUCCCCGGUGCAACUUGUUUGAAAACCACUUGUGCACCCGAUGCCGUAUUCCAUCCGGAGAAUUCAUCGACUUACAAGAACUUGACCGAAGAGUCUGAUCUGACUUAUAGUGGACCAGCUACCAAGAGUUUCAAGUCGACCGAUGAUGUCUUUUUCGAUGAUGGUAGAAAGAUUCCUGGGUUUGAAUUUGAUGCCAGUUUCUCAAGUUCUGGUGACAUUGGUGUUUUUGGUGUUGGUAAUGCUGAAGAUGCAAAUUCAAACUAUGUCUUUGCUACCAAACAUGCAGGAUUGACCAACCGUGCCGGAUACUCAAUCUAUUUGGGUCCAGAGAAGAAUCAAGGUAAUUUGCUUUUGGGAGGUAUCGAUAAGGCCAAGUAUAAAGGUGAGUUGGCAAUCUUUGAUGCUGAGCAAAACAUCAAUGCCACGUCAAUCAUCACUGCUGAUGGAAAAGCUUAUCCAUUUACCAAACCAGUUGGAUUUGACACUGGGAAUGCAUGGAUUGGAUUGGAAGCUCUGAUUGUUGAUGGAAUCUACGAAGGCUUGGGUAUUAGAGGGGAGGGAUACUUUGAGUGUGAUCGAGUCUUGAACACAACCGAUGAGUUCACUUUCAACCUUGGCCCCAUCAACAUCACCGUCCCAUACUCAAGCUUCUUUUAUAGAUUACAUCAAGGUGACUAUGGCUGUGCUGGACAUAUUUACAAGGUGGCUGAUGAUGCUGGUGCUCAAGGAAUCGGAUUGCCUUUCCUUAGAGAGGUUUAUUACGUGAAGGAUUUGGAAAACAAGCGUAUUGGUAUUGCUCCAAUUAAGCACACCGACGAGAGCAACAUUGUUGACUUUUGGUUCUAA